GCUGGAGGAGCAGCACGUACGUCUGCCGCACGAACGUCUGCCGCACGAACGUUUGCCGCCAACCCGCCUAGCUGAUAAGCGGUCCACCUAUAACAAACAGCUCUCGCUGCACCCCCCCGUGGUAACUCCUGCACAGCAGCGCAAUGGUGCUGACGCGAAGAGCAGCGCUCCUCCUGUGCCCCUGGGUAAUCCAACUGGUAAUCAAGCGAACCCUCGCAGGGGACAUCCUGCCGAAUGAGGGCAAGAAGGAAAAGGAUGAUGUGCAUAAAAUUAUAAGCGAGUUGCGCUUCCUACAGAAGGUAGAAACCAUUUUGGAGAGCAGCAACAUGAGCGUUUCAGAUGUGGAGGCAGAUGCGAAUGCGUAUAAUCCUGAUAGGGACGCCCCUAAAGAGGAGCUGCAGAAGCUCCAAGACCAGCAGGAAACCCCCUCGAAGGAGCCUAAUAACCUACGGAAUAGCCCCCAAAAAAGAGCAGAAAAAAAAGAGUCACCUGGGAAAAAUAAAAAGUCGUUACGCUUAAUUGUGAGUGAGAACCACGCCACGAGUCCCUCCUUCUUCGAGGAGUCUCUCCUUCAAGAAGACGUGGUGAGCUUCAUCCAGAGCAAAGGGAAGCUAUCCAAUCUGAAGAAUCUAAAAUCGAUGAUAAUCGAUUUGAACAGCGACAUGACGGAUGAGGAGUUGGCAGAGUACAUUAGCCUGCUGGAGAGGAAGGGGGCGUUGAUAGAAUCUGACAAGCUCGUGGGGGCGGACGACGUGAGCCUUGCAUCUGUAAAGGAUGCGGUCAGGCGUGGGGAGAGUAGCGUCAAUUGGGGUAAACUCCGCAGCACCAUGUUGGAGGUUCCAAGCGGGGAGUCCCCCCCCAGCCACGCCGCUAGCAGUGGCAGCCCCUUCGAUGACGAUGAUGACCUCCUGUCGGAGGCGGCCCUCCACAGGGAGGAAGCCCACCUGGCGGGGAGCAAAACCACCAAGGGGUACAAAUUCAACGAUGAGUACAGGAACCUGCAGUGGGGGUUGGACCUCGCCAGGCUAGACGAAACGCAGGAUCUUAUAAACGCAAACCGAGUGAGCGUAACCAAAAUCUGCGUAAUUGACAGCGGGAUCGAUUACAACCACCCCGACUUGAGGAACAACAUAGAUGUGAAUGUGAAAGAGCUGCACGGAAGAAAAGGAGUGGACGAUGAUAGCAACGGAGUCGUGGACGAUGUGUAUGGAGCCAAUUUUGUAAACAACAGUGGAGAUCCUAUGGAUGAUAAUUACCACGGAACACAUGUCUCUGGAAUCAUUUCCGCCGUUGGGAAUAAUGGCAUAGGUAUAGUGGGGGUAGAUGGGCACUCUAAGCUAGUCAUAUGUAAGGCACUAGAUCAACACAAGCUGGGACGACUAGGGGACAUGGCACAUAUGAUUAAUGGUAGCUUUUCAUUUGACGAGUAUAGCAAUAUCUUUAAUGCGUCUGUGGAGCACCUACGAUCUCUGGGAAUUCUUUUCUUCGUCUCGGCCAGCAACUGUGCACAUGAUAAGCUCUCCAAACCGGACAUUGCCAAAUGCGACCUCGCCGUUAAUCAUAGGUACCCUCCCAUCUUGUCUAAAACGCACAACAAUGUAAUCGCUGUUGCGAAUUUGAAGAGAGACCUAGAUGAGAGCUACUCCCUCUCUGUUAACUCCUUUUACAGUAAUAUUUAUUGCCAGUUGGCUGCUCCGGGGACUAAUAUAUAUUCUACCACGCCUAUGAAUAACUAUCGGAAGCUCAAUGGCACUUCCAUGGCAUCUCCGCACGUGGCUGCAAUCGCCUCCAUCGUUAGGUCUAUCAACCCUAAUUUGACUUACCUGCAAAUUGUCGAAAUUUUGAGGAACGCCAUUGUGAAGCUCCCCUCCCUCACCGAGAGGGUCUCGUGGGGAGGCUACGUCGACAUCCUGCGCGCCGUCAACCUGGCCAUCGACUCCAAGGCGGCGCCCUACAUCAAGUCGCACUCCUGGUUCAGGUGGAAGCAGGGCAGUAGGCGGUAG